AUGGUUAGGUUCCUAGCUCUGUGUCUGUGGGACAUCGUGGACAGCUCUGGAGUUCGCAUCUACCUGACGUCACGCCUACGUCAGCAUGACGCGGGCAUCCUGGAAAUCGGCGUCAGCACAGACGACCAUCACGUGGUGCCACCCCUGUCUCCUGGCUUUGUCUCCAGGGGAUACUGCAGCGCCGAGUGCUUGAAAGAGAGCAUGGACAUCGCCAGUGUGAAUGAGGUGCACGUCUUCGCCAAUAUGCUGCACUCCCACCUGCUGGGGUAUGGCAUGAAGAGCCGAGUGGUGCGUGGAGACCAAGAGCUCAAACCGCUGGCAGCAGACAACAACUACGACUUCGAUUACCAAGAAAUGAGAUCGCUUGCCAAGGAGUUCACAUUGCGUAAGGGUGAUCGGCUGCUUGUUGACUGCCUGUACAAGUCUCCAAGUAAAAAAGAAAUCACAUUUGGUGGUCUGGGAACUCGUGACGAGAUGUGCCUUAGCUUCCUGCUCUACUACCCGAAGCUACCCGUCAGUUUCUGCAUCUCCAGUUUCCUCUACAACAACAUGCCUGCAGGGGAAACAAGUAUCAAGGAGUAUGUGCAAAAAUUGGACUUCACCAAAGCAGAAACGCAUCAAAACUUCACCAAACUUACCAAUGAGUCGGAUGUCAAUGCUCUCUGUUAUGGGAACAGAUGGUUCAAGAGCGCCUUCAUCAGGAAAUCUCAGAGCGACCUGCGACCUACCUCUCCCUACGUGGAGCCUUCACGCUGCCCGAAGAACUGAGGAUUCAAACUUUAAACCAUUGGAAGAUAGUUAAUGGUCCAAUGUCAAGUCCAGUAUACGGCAACAGUCUUCAAGAGGCUACCUCUCUUUAGCAAAGAACGAAAACAGGAUAUACCGUGUCAAACUGAAACUCUCUCUUUCUCUCUCUGUCUCUCUAUCUGUCUGUCUGUCUGUCUAUCUG